AUGAGAAGAAAAAGCAGAUUCUUCAUAUCCAUUGUAUUUCUUGGAACUCUGUUAUUGAUCUAUUACUGUCAAAUAAAUUUGCUAGGUUCGGAGCAAUCAAUUCAAAAUAGCAUUAAUAUUGAUAGUUGCUUGAGUUAUUACGACGCUCUUGCACCUGAAUGGUCGAAUGACUUCUAUGAUGUAAACCAGGCAAACUUGACGCCUGCCAAGGACGUGAUAGAACUGGUAACAAGGCUUACUAUUUUUUCUCAAUGUUUGCAGCGGAAUGGUAAGCGUGAUAAACAGCGUCUACGAGAUAUUGAAAAGAAGCUAUUUCCAUAUAUCGACUUUGAAAGAUUGGAAAGUGAUGAGGUUAACUUUUGGCACACAAAUACAAGAUGGAAUGGUGAAGUUCACCAUGCUUCUGUGCUAGAAUUUGAUCGCAAAGAUCACCACUUUGUCCGUUCUAAGCCGGUCAAUUUCAAGACAGAUCUAUCUUUUUGGGAGAAUUGGUUGCACUCUAUAAUUCAAAGUGGUUCAAGAGGUAUAGUUGUUAGUGCUUCUGAUGCGCAGGUACAUGAAAUUAUUAGACUACUGAGAAUAUUGAGGUUCCUUAAAAAUGAUUAUCCUAUACAAAUUGUUUAUAACGCAGAUCUUAGCCAAGAUUCCAUCAAAUUGAUUACCAAGUACGCGAGAAAUCAAGACUCCACAAAAUAUCCUUCACAAGAAAUAUGGUUCUUAAACAUUCAUAAUUUGUUAAGUCCUAAGUAUUCCGACAAGUUUGCCACAUAUUCCAACAAGUGGUUAGCAUUGAUCUUCUCAUCCUUUGAAAUUCCCAUUCUGUUGGAUUCAGACACAGUACCAUUUGUUUCAAUAGACAAGUUUUACAAGCUGGAAGAAUUUCAAAAAACUGGAGUUUUAUUCUUCAAAGAUCGGGUAAUUUCAGAUGACCUCUUUGACCCACCUCAAUUAGAAGUUCUAAAAGAUAUUAUUCAUGGGUGCACCGGAAUCAAUUUAUUGGACGAAUCCAAAAUACGUGACAACAUUGCUGAGCACAUACGAGAACCAACUGUUGCACGGGUGCUGGAAAAUAUGCUCAUAAAGAAGUAUAAGCAUCAUUUGGAGAGUGGUUUGGUAGUGUUGCAUAAAGGUAAGCACCUCUUCAGUAUGCUUACGUCAAUAUCUCUACAAUUUUCUCCAAUUUCUGAGUAUUUUCAUGGUGAUAAAGACUUUUUCUGGCUUGGUGAAUUGUUAUCAAAUAAUCACUUCACAUUUUAUCCUGUUGAUGCAUCAAACAUCGGUCAAUUGGGCAAUGUGGUUUCAAAUGAAAAUUCCGGUGAAUAUUAUCAGAUCUGUUCUGUGCAAUUGUCUCACACAGAUAAAGACGGGUCUUUACUAUGGCUAAAUGGAGGCCUUAAUGUUUGUAAGAAGACUUCAUGGGAAUAUGAUUAUGAGCAUAGUGAGAGACUAACUAAUAUGUUUCCAGACGCCCAUGCGCUACGCAAAUAUUAUCAAUCUCCAGUAGAGCUGGAGGGAAUCAUAAUCCCAGACACCAAUAUAUCAGGAUGGAUUAAAUCAGGAGAGUGUCUUUUGUUCAACUAUUGCACAUUAUUCAAGGAAGGAGAGUUUGGAAAAGUGAUUAAGUUUAAAGAUGCCGAGAAACGUCGAUUAUCAGUAAUAGUUGAUAUUUGGAAUGAAACUAUCCUUUAA